AUGGGAAAAACGAAAAUAUGGGAAAAACGAAAAUAUGGGAAAAACGAAAAUAUGGGAAAAACGAAAAUAUGGGAAAAACGAAAAUAUGGGGAAAACGCAAAUAUGGGGAAAACGCAAAUAUGGGAAAAACGCAAAUAUGGGAAAAACGCAAAUAUGGGAAAAACGCAAAUAUGGGAAAAACGCAAAUACGGGGAAAAACGCAGAUAUGGGACAAACGCAAAUAUGGGAAAAACGCAAAUAUGGGAAAAACGCAAAUAUGGGAAAAAAAGCAAAUAUGGGAAAAAAAGCAAAUAUGGGAAAAAAAGCAAAUAUGGGAAAAACGCUAAUAUGGGAAAAACGCUAAUAUGGGAAAAACGCAAAUAUGGGAAAAACGCAAAUAUGGGAGAAACGCAAAUAUGGGAAAAACGCAAAUAUGGGAAAAACGCAAAUAUGGGAAUAACGCAAAUAUGGGAAAAACGCAAAUAUGGGAAAAACGCAAAUAUGGGAAAAACGCAAAUAUGGGAAAAACGCAAAUAUGGGAAAAACGCUAAUAUGGGAAAAACGCAAAUAUGGGAAAAACGCAAAUAUGGGAAAAACGCAAAUAUGGGAAAAACGCAAAUAUGGGGAAAACGUAAAUAUGGGAAAAACGUAAAUAUGGGAAAAACGUAA